AGCCUCUGCUGGGCAGCAGAAGUAAACUUUCAGUUAAAUCUGAGCAGCACAUGCAUGGGAACCCUCCAACAGGUUGAAAGGUCAACACAGGGAGAUAUAAGCUUAGAGUCCAUUAGUGGAUUAUAACCAUAAACACUCGGCGGCUCCUGCAUCUCCCUUGGAUUAAAGAGAGAGAGGAACACAGAGAGAGACACUGACAGAGACAGGAAAGCAGCCGAACUGAAGUAAAAUCGAGGACACGUACGCGGAGGGAGACACACCUGAGCCGAAGGAGAGCUGAAGGAUCCGCCGUCGGUCUAAACUCUGAGAUUUAAGGCGUUCCUGGAAGCUGCUCACGGCAGGAAGCAUGGACGUCGACAUCGAGGGGAUUAUCCAGUGCAUCAAGCAGGGGGACGAGAACGGAGUUCAGAUGCAGCUGCAGCAGUUCAACAAAGAGUACGGCCAGUGCUUCUUCUUUGAUGCAGACGACAGGGAGAGAAGGAGGCAAAGAAAACUAGAGGAGUUCAGGAAGAGCAAGGUGAGGGACUACACCAACUCUGACUCUGACAACGAUGACUUUGAGCAGGAAGAUCGAGGCCUCAUCCUCAGACAGAAUUUAGCCGUCGUCAUUGUGAGGUUCAUGAGAUCGGGAGUCAAGCGCAGUCUGCAGACGGUCUCCCUGCACUCGCUAAGGAUCCUGACCAGGGACAAAAAGAUCCUGGGCCAUCUGGUGACCGACAGCACUCUGCUGACUCUGGCCAAGCUGGCCGGCCUGACCGCAGACGACGCCGGCGAGGAAGCCAACGACCCUGACUCUGAUUUCUACGACAACAUCAUUGCCUCCCUGGCUGAGGCCAAGCUGCUGCAGGGGCGUGCUGAAGAGGACGGGGGCGAGGGCGAGGCCGUGCACCCGAAUGAGGAGCUCUCGGUCGUGGACGAGGACUCCAGGAGCGACGAGCUGGACAGCGACAGCUGGUUCGGCAGCCACAGGACCAGCAUCAACGAAAUGCACAAAGGGAGCAUCCGUCAGAAGGCGCUGGAGCGAGGGAGGAGAGACCGCAGGGAGAGCAAGAUGGAGGGGGAAGGAGAGGAGGGGGAGCAGGGCGAAGAGGGGCUGAGAAAGGAGGCCCUGAAGGUUCUGUGUAACAUGGUGUACAACAGCACCUGGGCUCAGGAGAGGUUCAGCGCUCUCAGGCUUCUGGAGGGUCUCACUGAGCGUCUGUCCUCCGGCGUGAACUGGUCGUCUUCCUCCAGCAUUCAGUUCUACGAGCUGCGCCUCAUGUUCCUCAUCACCGCGCUGAGACCCGAGCUCAGCGCUCAGCUCAAGCAGGAGGGCGGCGUCCCCAUCCUCACAGCGGCCCUGGAGAGCUGCCUGGAGGUCCAGUGGAAGGAACCGUACGAGUGCGUCCUGGAGCCCGCGGCGCCACCCAUCUCCCUGGAAGCCUCGCAGCGCGUCAUGGAGAUCCUGAAAAUCCUCUUCAACAUCACCUACAGCACCCACAAGCAGGAGCCGAGUGAGGAGGACGCAGCUCUUUACCGACACCUGGUGGCCAUUCUGCGUCUCUGCCUGAUGAGGAAAUGCACGCUGCCUGAGGACAAUGACGAGCUACAGGGGCACACAGUGAACCUGCUGACGGCGCUCCCUCUCCAGUGUCUGAACGUGCUGCUCACGGUGCCUCUGCAGCCAGAAUCAGAGCAAAGUCUGGGAGUCAACAUGGACUGUGUCCACACACUGCUGAAGUUCAUGGAGAGGCGCCUGGAGGCGGGAGACAGAGUCAAAGAAAAGCUGACGCCAAUCCUCAAUCUGCUGACAGAGAGCUGCAGGGUCCACCGAGAAACACGGCUGUAUAUCAGGAAACAUAUCCUUCCUCCUCUGAAAGAUGUGUCACACAGACCAGAGGAAGGGGACACCAUCAAGAGUCGCCUGGUUCGUCUCAUGACGCAUUUGGACACAGACCUGAAACACUGUGCAGCCGACCUCCUCUUCGUCCUCUGCAAGGAAAAUGUGCGCCGUUUUGUUAAAUACACCGGUUACGGUAACGCAGCGGGUCUGCUGGCCACCAGGGGGCUGCUGGGCGGCCAGGGGUCCAGGAGCUCCACCUCUGAAGCCCAGUACUCCAGCGACUCGGACUCGGACACCGAGGAGUACCGUCAGGUCAAGGACCGCGUCAACCCGGUGACGGGGCGGGUGGAGGUGGAGCAGCCGAACCCCAUGGAGGGCAUGACGGAGGAGGAGAAGGAGGAGGAGGCCAGGAGGCUGAUCAUGCUCUUCAACAAGCUAUCCAAAGAUAACAUCGUCCAGCCGAUGGGAGUGGAUGAGGAGGGGAAGCUUGUCCCGAUGAGGGGUCUGGAGGAAAAUCCCCUCGCAGAGGAGGCAAAGUCCGAGUCAGACAACGAGGCAGAAUCGGAAAAAGACGACUGAAACAUGUCAAAUCAGUUAAUUUACUUUAUUGAUUUGUUUUUGUAAACACCCCAUUAAUUAAGUUGGGUUGGUACAUAAUUGGAUGCUCUGGUUGGAAACCAACAGAG